AUGGCAUUGACAAGUCUCAUCAACCUUGCAUCAACCUAUGACUCUGUCAUUAAGACCUUUGAGCACAUCCACUUUGCAAAUACCUUUUCAUUUGACUAUGCUGAUUGCAUGCUCAAGCUCGCCAAUGUAAAGCUCCGACUGUCGCGCUGGGGCGGGGCCGUGGGUCUUAGCAGCGUGGAUGAGUAUGCCACAAGCAUUUACGGUACGAAAGUAGUUGAAGAGGAUAUACCCCAAGCAAUCAACUUGUUGGGCGCGAUACACGCAGCGCUGGAAACGGCCAAGGACAGCGAUCGAGAAUACAACGCAUACGAUCCAAUCAUCCUAAUUGCCUACCAAGAGCUCAGCUACGCGGAUCUGUCGCUUCAUGAGGUGCAUCGACAGAUCAUCCGCAGAAGGCAGAACCACCUGUCUGUCGUCGAGAAGGCUACAUGGGUGCUGCGGGACCGGGAGCGUUUCAAGGUCAUGAUCAAUGACAUCGCCGACAAAAUUCGGGAGCUUGAGGAUCUUUUCCCUGCUACCCAAAGACGAAAGGAGGCCAUUAUCGAAGAGGCUUUUGAGUUUAGCACGAGCCUUCGAGUUCUUAGGGAAGUUAUAUGUGAGCAAGAUGGAGCUCUUGCGGAAGCGCUUGACUCCAUUCUAGACCCCCUUGGGGAAAGCAUUAAUAUCACUGUGUGUGGCAACAACGUAUAUACUAACGGUGUGGGUGUUACGGUUCCCCGGGGAGGCACCUUUACUCAGCACGUUGGAAAUGGGCUUGUCGCCACUGUGCAUGGUGGAAAUAUAGCCAUCCAGUCCACCAAGGGAGGCACCAUCACUCAGCACUUCGGACCCCUGGAGUAG